AUGGCCGCCCCCGGAGGCUAUGGCGGUGGGUCAGGCAUCGUCAUCGGCUAUGUCAAGGACGAGUACGGCCGCAAGGUGACGCUGCAGAGCGCUGGCAGCAGCGGCGGCGGCGGAGCCGGCGGGUACGGGGGCGGCUCUUCUGGAGGCGGCAGUGGGUACGGAGGUGGUUCCUCUGGAGGAAACGGCGGGUACGGAGGCGGCUCCUCUGGAGGAAGCGGUGGAUAUGGAGGCUACGGCGGCGGCUCAGGCAUCGUCAUCGGAUAUGUCAAGGACGAGUACGGCCGCAAGGUGACGCUGCAGAGCGCUGGCAACAGCGGCGGGUACGGAGGAGGCGGCGGCGGAGGUGGCGGAUACGGAGGCGGCUCUUCUGGAGGAAGUGGUGGGUACGGAGGUGGCUCCUCUGGAGGGAGCGGUGGAUACGGAGGCGGCUCCUCUGGAGGAGGCAGCGUAUACGGAGGUGGCUCCGCUGGAGGCUACGGCGGCGGCUCAGGCAUCGUCAUCGGCUAUGUCAAGGACGAGUACGGCCGCAAGGUGACGCUGCAGAGCGCUGGCAGCAGCGGCGGUCGGUGA